CGCGUAUUUUUAUUUACACAGCAUUUUAGUAUUUUCUUGAUUCUUAGCAUAGUUUAAGUUAUUUAUUAUUCAUAUAAUGGCCCGUGACCGCGACCGGAGCAGACAUCGCAGCAAUAGCAGACACAGAAGCCGCAGUAGGUCACGGGAGCGAAACAAGAGCCCAAACAGGGAUCGUCGUGAACGUAGUCGACACCGAGGUAGAGAUAGAAGAGAGAGAAGCAAGGGUAACAGCAAGGAGAGACACGGAGAUAGCGGUAGACAUCGGUACUUUGAAGAUAGACAAAGGGAGAGGAGCAGAGGACGGGAGAGAACCGAAAACAGAGGACAAAGUUCUUACAGAGAAAGUAAUGGUGCUUUUGGAGGAGGGUUGGGAAGCAGUGGCACUUCAAGUGGGCAUGGAGGUGGUCAUCAGAGGGGCCGAUAUAAACCACAAGAGGAGGAGUUCUUUGACGCCCGUCGGGAAGAGAGAGAAAGGAUAGGUGAAAUAGGAGUUUCAUCUGUAUGGGGAAAGUCUCCAGUAAGACCAGACUCGGAAGAAGAAAAUCCAGUAAGCAGUUCAGAAACAAAAAAAGAAAAGAAAAAGAGUAAGAAAUCUAAAGACAAGGGUGAAACCAAAGAAAAAUUAAAGAAACUCAAAAAGAAGUUAAAGAAAAUUAAGAAAGCAAGAAAAAAGGCCAAGAAGAAAUCAAAGACUUCUAGCAGUGACAGCAGCUCAAGUGAUGAAGAAGUUUGGGUGGAAAAAGGAAAGGAACACGAGGUAGAAUCAAGUAAGGCGUCAAAGUCUAGUACAAAGACGGACGAACUGGCAUCGGAGGAGUAUGGUCCACUACCACGUGUAGGGCCACAACUGGGUCACAAAGACUUCGGACGGGCCCUGCUACCCGGUGAGGGUGCCGCUAUGGCCGCUUACGUCGCGGAAGGCAAGCGUAUACCUCGAAGAGGAGAGAUUGGUCUGACGUCAGAUGAGAUUGCGUCGUAUGAAGCUGUUGGAUAUGUGAUGAGCGGAAGCAGACAUCGUCGAAUGGAAGCUGUGCGUAUUCGUAAAGAGAACCAGAUUUAUUCUGCCGAUGAGAAACGCGCGUUGGCAGCGUUCAGCAAAGAGGAACGAAGUAAAAGAGAGAAUGCCAUACUACAGCAGUUCCGACAAGUUCUCACAAAUAGAACUAGACCUGCGCCUCCAUAGUGUUAAUUAUGAUAAUGGUGGUAUCCCUGGACUGUUCUAUUUUUGCCUAAACAUCAGGCUCUUUUGACUACUAACCAGAAUAUUGCAGGAUCUCAAUGAGAAAAUAUAAUGAAUGAGAUGAAAACAUUUUACACAAUAAUAAUAUUUAUAGUUUAUGCGUUUUAUGAUGAUA